GGGACGCUGGAAAUCCGUCCCAGGAAUUCCAGAUAAAAGCAUUUCCGUUGCGAUUUUACGCUCCCCAUUGCCCGUCUCCCUCUCUCCCUCGUUCUGGGCUGCGGUAUCUUGAUUUAUCCUUGGGCACGCAGCCAUUUCUGCUGGAGCAACCAUUAAGGCCGCAGAAUUGAAGAUGGCAAUGGUGACGAGUGUGAAUUGGAAAGGCGGAUCAACUCUCACUUCUUCCGCCCUUCCUACAAAUCGUGGCUGCGUUGUGAAUAGCAAUGGAACACCAAAACGAAUAACUUCAUCCUUGAUGGUAUCUUUUGGUUCUAACAUUUAUGGCCCUGCUGCUUCCAUCAACAAAGCAUGUACUCUUCGCCUAAGGCAACAAUUGCAGCAGUGGAGUCAGCCUAAUCUCAUCCCAAGAUACAGGAGACGACCUGCCAACAAUGUGUUCCUCCCUCACCUUGUCGCCUCUAUGGAAGUAGAGGUCACAUACAUUAUGGUCAAACCAGAUGGAGUUCAACGUGGUCUGGUAGGAGAAAUUAUUUCUAGAUUCGAGAAGAAGGGAUUCUUGAUGAAGGGCUUAAAGUUAUUUCAAUGCUCCAAAGAACUUGCGGAGGAGCAUUACAAAGAUCUUAAAUCCAAACCAUUCUUCCCCAAACUGAUUGAAUACAUUACUUCAGGCCCCGUUGUUUGCAUGGCUUGGGAAGGUGUUGGAGUUGUUGCAUCAGCACGUAAGCUCAUUGGUGCCACAAAUCCUCUUCAAGCUGAACCAGGAACAAUUCGUGGAGACCUAGCAAUUCAAACUGGAAGAAAUAUUGUUCAUGGAAGUGACAGUCCUGAAAAUGGUCUCCGUGAAAUAGCUCUUUGGUUUAAAGAGGGGGAGCUGUGCGAAUGGGCUCAAGUGCAGGCUCCAUGGUUGAUGGAGUGAUAUUUCUCAAUGUUUCUCGUGUGCAGCUCUUUGGUUCAAAGAGGGGGAGUUGUGUGAAUGCACUCAAGUGCAGGCUCCAUGGUUGACAGAGUGAUAUUUUUCUCAGCCCUAUUUUUGCGAUUCUGACCAGUUUUUUGUGGAAGAGCAUUUUCGUUCAUUGGUUUCCAAAGCUUGAAUAGCUUAUAGAGGCUGUAUGUGAACGGAGUGUACUCUAGAUCUCAUAAAGGAAAUUGAGUUUUCAUUAGUUUUAUUUCA